ACCGACAGACCAACCAAGAAAAACACUGAAGUGAUACACUGCACUGAGGAGACUUUACAAGACCAUUUAAAAGAAUACUGACAGCAUCUGCACGUUGCAAUUUCUAGUUUAACUUGAGCUUCACGAGGACUAAUAGACAGUGAUGAUGGAUCUUGAGAGUCAGCUUCUUGAAGAAGGAGGAUUGCUGCCCUUACCGCAGGUGAUGGUGUCGAGGAGGAAGUCCGGCUCGUCAAAGUCAGGCGUCUGGAGGGUGUGUGGGGUCCUGCUGGCUGUGGCCCUGUGUGCCGCCGCCGCUGUCUGCUUCACGCUCAACAAGUCUCAGAACAAUCAGGAAGGCGGAAAUGCGCUGAGGCUCACAUUAAGAGAUCAUCUUUCAAAAGCAAAUGUCACUUCCAAGGCAGCCAUCCAUUUAAUAGGUGCAUAUGAACCUGAAGUGUCUACAAAAACCCUGGACUGGAAAAAGAACCAGGACCAGGCUUUCACUUCAGGCGGCUUGAAAUUAGUGGAAAGGGAGAUCAUCAUUCCUACUGACGGCAUUUACUUCGUCUACAGCCAGGUGUCUUUCCACAUCAACUGCAAGACUAACAUGACUGAGGACCACGAUCUUGUGCAUAUGAGCCACACUGUGUUGCGCUACUCCGAUUCCUAUGGCGGCUACAUGCCACUUUUUAGCGCAAUCCGCACCGCGUGCGCGAAGGUGUCAAACAGUGAGGAUCAGUGGUACAACACGAUUUAUCUCGGCGCGGCCUUCAAGCUGCGAGCUGGAGACAGGCUGUGCACCAAAACGAAGGAAGAACUCCUGCCGAGCGUAGAAACCGGUGACGGAAAGACCUUCUUUGGGGUGUUUGCUUUAUGAUGUGCACUCUAAAAAAAUCAGUCAAAAUAGGGCACAAUGUACUGUAUUUAUAAUGAAGGAGCUUUCUGUAUUUAUUUAUUUAUUUAUUUUGUACCUGUUUUACCUUUGUAUUUUGCACUGCAAUGUGUUGUGUUUUAGAGUUAAUGGUAAUGUACGUGAAAUAAUGGAUUAAAAAAAAAAAUAAUACCUUGAAGAGUAAGCAGAGAAGAAAGCAUCCCUCUAAACUUCCUCUGCAAUGACACUGACGAACCAAGACUAAAAUGACCCAUGUUUUAUAUUAAAACAGGUCAAAAUGUAUAACUCUAUGAUUCUUAUGGAUCAGAUCCAGGGAUGCAGAUAUUAUUUAUCGAAUGUGGGGGAAACAUGGUCGUUUUCAGCUAGUGUUUUUUUUUUUUUUAUGAACAUGUAAUGCAAUAUAAUAUUAUGUGUAUUUAUAUGUAUUUAUUUAACUAUUUAUUAAAAGAAUAAAAAAAUACAGCAGUGCUACUGUAAUUAAAUUCAAA